CGCCCCGCCCCACCCCGCCCGGCGCAACAGGCCCCGGCCGGCGGCUCGGCGAGCUCGGGAAGACGCAGGGAGGACGGACGAUGCCGAAGAAAGCAGAGCCCGCGGGGACCGGGCAGGAGGGGGGGCCCGCGCCCUGCAAACGGCCGAAGCGGGAGGCGGCUGGGGGGCCCUGCCCGCUGAACUUCGACAGCCCCGGUGGGUUCUUUGAAAGUCUAAUCUCGCCCAUCAAGACAGAGACCUUUUUCAAGGAGUUCUGGGAGCAGAAGCCCCUGCUCAUCCAGAGGGAGGACUCUGCACUGGCCGCGUAUUACCAGGCCCUGUUCAGGCUGACGGACCUGAAGGGGCUGUGCGGCCGGGGCCUGGCCUACGGCCGGGAUGUGAACGUCUGCCGCUGCGUCCACGGGAGGAAGAAGGUGUUGAAUAAGGAGGGCAAGGUGCACUUCCUCCAGCUGAGGAGAGACUUUGAUCAGAAAAGGGCGACGAUUCAGCUGCACCAGCCCCAGCGGUUUAAGGAUGAACUCUGGAGGAUCCAGGAGAAGCUGGAAUGCUACUUUGGCUCCCUGGUUGGCUCGAAUGUGUACAUAACGCCUGCCGGCUCGCAGGGCCUGCCGCCCCACUACGAUGACGUCGAGGUGUUCAUCCUGCAGCUGGAGGGGCAGAAGCACUGGCGCCUGUACCCCCCCACCGUGGCCCUGGCGCGCGCGUACAGCCUGGAGGCGGAGCACAGGCUCGGGCGGCCCGCGCUGGAGUUCACGCUGAAGGCUGGCGAUUUGCUGUACUUUCCCCGAGGGACCAUCCACCAGGCGGACACGCCGCCGGGGCUGGCCCACUCCACUCACCUGACCAUCAGCACCUACCAGAGCAGUUCGUGGGGAGAUUUCCUUUUGGACGCCGUCUCGGGGCUCGUGUUUGAUGCCGCAGAGGAAGAUGUGGAGUUCCGGGCCGGCAUUCCCCGGCAGCUGCUCCUGCAGGUGGAAGCCACAGCCGACGCGAGGAGGCGGCUGAGCGGCUUUCUGCGGACGCUGGCAGACCGCCUGGAAGGCACCCACCAGCCGCUCUCCUCGGACAUGAAGAAGGACUUCGCCAUGAGCAGACUCCCCCCCUUCCACGGGGGAGACGGAGCGGCGCUGUGCACGCCGGGCUCCAUGAGGAUGUCAGCUAUAGCAUCACUACAAACGUCAGGGGAAGAAGUAAAUGCCCGGGUUGGACUCACUGCACGUUGUGGACAGUUGCCGAGGUUGGACAGCAUCGUGAGGCUGCGCCACAAAGACCACAUGGUCCUCACGGUGAUGCCGGAUCAGGGUGGGUCUGAUGAAACUCAAGAAAAGAUGGUUUACAUCUACCAUUCCUUACAGAACAGGAGGGAGACGCACAUGAUGGGGAACGAGGAAACAGAGGCGCACGGACUCCGCUUUCCUCUCUCCCACGUGGAUGCUCUGAAGCAAAUUUGGAACAGCUCAGCGAUCGCUGUCAAGGACCUGAAACUCGCUACCGACGAGGAAAAGGAGAGCCUGGCCUUGUCUCUCUGGACGGAAUGUUUACUCCAGGUGGUCUAGCUCCGCUCGCACAGAGUCCGGACUUCAUGGACACAGGAAAGCAGACAUUCACCUGCUGGGGCCCCGGCUGCUCUGAGUAUCAGACGGGGCUGGAGGGAUGGUUACAUACAACUGGACUACGUGUGUCCUAGUAACCGGAGACCCGCGCGUUACAGUGUCCAUGUGCAUUAAAGGACGAAUGGCACGGUGCUGAGCGUCCUAGAAAGUGGCAGAACCAUGCUUUUGACAAGUUUAUUUAAUCCAGUGUGGUAGGAAAGGCACAACGACAAUAAACGUAUCAUUUACACUUAAA